AAAGACCACAACUAGAAGUAAGAUGGAAGCCAAUGCUACCAGCAUGGUACUUGAGUUCCUCAUCAUUGGGAUCUCAAAUUAUCCUGAAUGGCGAGAUACCUUCUUUACACUGGUGCUACUUACCUACCUGACCAUUCUCCUAGGGAACAGCCUCAUCAUUGCCCUCAUCCACCUGGACUCCCGUCUUCAUACCCCUAUGUACUUCUUCCUUGGCAACUUAUCUUUUCUUGACCUCUGCUAUGCAACAGCUUCAAUGCCCCAAGCCUUGGUGCACUGCUUCUCUGCCUAUCCCCUUCUUUCUUAUCCACGCUGCUUUGCCCAAAUGAGUGUCUCCCUCUUUCUAGCCACGGCAGAAUGCCUGUUGCUGGCCGUCAUGGCCUAUGACCGCAUGGUGGCCAUUGGUGAUCCCCUGAGGUACACGCUGGUCAUGAGCCCAGCAGUGUGCAUCUGGUUGGCCACUAUCUCAUGGGGAGCAUCCCUCAUGCUCACCAUCAUGCUCAUCUCUUCCCUGCGACUCCAUUUCUGUGGGGCCAAAGUCCUCAACCAUUUUGUCUGUGAAAUCCUCUCCCUGAUCAAGUUGGCCUGCUCUAACACACACCUCAAUGAGCUAAUGAUCUUGGCCACCAGUUUCUUUACCCUGCUCUUGCCAUUUCUAUUCAUCCUUCUCUCCUAUGCUCGCAUUGCUGCUGCUGUCCUGAGGAUCCGUUCAGCCCAGGGCCGCCUCAAGGCUAUCUCCACUUGUGGCUCCCAUCUGGCUGUAGUGACCAUCUUCUAUGGGGCUGCCAUUUCAAUGUAUAUGAAACCUCAGUCCAAAUCAUCUUCCAACCAAGAAAAGUUCAUUUCAAUGUUUUAUGGUGCCUUGACACCCAUGCUGAACCCCCUCAUAUAUAGCCUGAGAAAUAAAGAUGUGAAAGGGGCAAUAAAGAAAGUGAUGGGCAAACAGGCAUAGCUCCUAUGAAUGGGUUCAGCCAUUCUAGAAAGCAAUUUGGAACUAUGUCCUAAAAGUUACCAAACCGUGCUUACUUUUUGACCCAGCAAUACCACUACUAGAAACGUUCUCUGACAAGAUCAACGAAAGAGGAAAAAGACCUACAUGUACAAAAAUAUUUGUAGCAAUUCUUUUCAUAUUGGCAAAAAACACCCUAGAAACUAAGGGGGAUGCCCACCUAUUGUGCAAUGGCUAAACAAAUUUUGGUAUAUAGAUGUAAUAGAAUGUUAUUGCAUCAUAAAGGGGAUUAAAUGUACUAUUUCUUAGGAAACUAGUUCUAAGACCUUUAGGAGCUGAUACAGAAUUAAAUGAGUCAAACCAGGAGAACAAUUUAUAUAC